GUAGACGACAAUGCGGAACGCAUUGUCGUACCGAAUGACCCUGACCUGCGCGGCAGGAUCAUGUACGAGUAUCACGAUGUCCCCACGGCGGGACACCCAGGACGAGAGAAGACAUACUCCCUUCUCACGCGAGACUUCUACUGGAACCACCAGUGCAAGUGGGUGCGCAAGUACGUUCGGACUUGCGAUGUUUGUCAGCGAGUGAAGCCUGCGCCUCACUCACAGGCUCCUCUGCAGCUACUGCCAACUCCGUCGGAGUGUUGGGAGUCCAUCUCGAUGGACUUCGUGUUUGGUCUUCCGCGCGAUUCCAGGCGGAAGACUGGUAUUGUGGUCUUUGUGGACCGCUUCAGCAAGAUGGUGCAUCUCGCUGCUGUCGCAGCGGAGGUGACCUCCGUACAGACGGCACGUCUGUUAAGAAGAACCACAAGCAGGCGAAACCUGUUGCGACCAGAGACAACGUGUCUGUGCGGGGCACAGACACCGAGAAGACUCACGCACAGGCUGGGCCUGAAGCGAACACACCCGAAGUGUCAGUGA